CUCUUUACCUUAGGGCACACCUCUCUUCAGCCAAGAAGGAUGGUGCUGAAGACGAACACGUGCCGCUUUAGCGGCCUGAGGAUUUAUCCUGGCAAGGGACUUCUGUUCAUCCGCACGGAUGGCCAGCAGUACAUGUUUCUGAACAAGAAGUGCAAGUCUUACUACCACAACCGCCUCAGGCCUGCGAAGCUGGCAUGGACUGUGACGUACAGGAAACAGCACAAGAAGGACCAGGUCAGCGAGGUGCAGAAGAAGAAGCGCCGUGCUGUAGCCAAGUCGGCUAACCGCUCGAUUGUGGGCGCUUCUCUGGAGGUUAUCCAGAAGAAGCGUACGGAGAAGCCGGAGGUCCGCCAGGCAAGCCGCGAGGCCGCCAUCCGUGAGGUCAAGGUCGUGGAAGAGAAACUGAAAACUCUUCACUCGGCUGUCAUUUUCUCGCUGUGUAUCCCUAUCCCGUGGUCAAAUCAGGAGCGCAUGAAGAAGCAGAAGGCGGAGCGCGCCGCCGCUGCCAAGGCCGCUGCCGGCCCUCAAAAGGCGGCCCCCAAGGUUGUCGGCCGUGGCAAGCGCUAAGCAGCUGUGACGGUGCUGUGCAAAUGUAACAUGCAGAAGUC